AACACUCAUAGUAGAGUAACCAAAAGGAGAGUGCAAUAACUCGUUGUACAUUCCUAGUGUGUGGGAGAGACAUGGCUAAGAUGUGUGUUUUGGUGUUGGUUCUUGCUCUGGCUGUGGCCACAAGUGCCAGAAACGUUCCCAACCCCAAGGAUGCUGGUCUUAAGGACCAGAAGAACUUCAUCAGCUAUGGUGGAGUUGGUGGUUAUUCCGGGAUUGGGAACAAUGGACUGCCUUUUGGAGGAGCUGGUGCCGGAAUAGGUGGUGGUUUUGGCGGAGGUGGUGGACUUGGUGGUGGACUUGGUGGUGGACUUGGUGGUGGCCUCGGCGGUCCUACCGGUGGAAUCGGAGGGUUUGGCGGUACCGGUAGCGGUGUCGGUGGCGGUAUUGGUGGUGGCGUUGGAACUGGCGUUGGUGGUGGCAGCGGUGUUCUUCCUUUCCCUUGAAAUGAUGAACAUGCAUGCAUGCAUGCAUAUAUGCUCCGUCACGUUUCUUUGGAUUACACUAGUCUUUAUUUUUCGUUCGGGAAAUAAUUGUGGUUUGUGCUUGUACGUGUCGUUAAUCGUUCAAGCUUUGUUCUAGUGUUUCUCUCGCCUGUGGAAAGUAAAAAAUAGUUGUAAUGUGUCAUUCUGUGUCUUUCAUUUGCUUAGGUUUUGUGUCAGCCAUAGUCACUCAUAUACGUGGUUCUUUUACAUAUGGAAUAUUUCAUAUUUAGCAUGGAAGUAAUGUACUCAAUAUAUGAGUUCCAUUUAUUUGCUA